UUGCCGUGACGACGGAACUCUCGCGAGAUGAGGCUUUGGUCGUCGCGCUUUGCUGUCCGCCAGAAGGCAGGAGCUGGAUGUAGGAGGCGGUGAGGGAUGCUUGUAGGCAGCGCUCCGGGACUACGGGCUGUUAAUGAAAUCGAGAUCCCGGGCGGUGUCCAUAUAACUCAGCCUUGGCUCAGCUUCCAUGGAAUAUUUGUAAUACGUUUCCUUGUCGCCGACCCCUCAUUGUGAACAGCAGUUCCAUUAUUCCUCCUCUGCGUCUCAAUUGAAUUCCAAAUGAGGUGCCACCUUUCCUAUCUCUAAGCAAAGCCUUUGUGUCCCCAUUGGGGAGGGUUUUCGCUGGCCCAGGUUCUUGUCAUUCCAGUCUGUCAUGGGACUGCCCAUAAAGGCUCUACAUGGCUGCACUUCCCUGCUGCUGCGACUGCUGCUUCUCGUCGUCUGUGGGAAUAAUGCCCUUGAGAGUUCAGACAACGUUCCCAUGUUGGGACUGCCAGUAGCGUGUGGGGGAAUUCCUGAACAGAUUAGGGACAAGAGUGGCAUUAUCACAAGCCCUGGAUGGCCGACAGAAUACCCAGCAAGGAUCAACUGUAGUUGGUACAUCCGAGCCGGCCCUGGGGAAAUAAUUACAAUCAGUUUUCAAGAAUUUGAUAUCCAGGGAUCUGCCACAUGUAGUUUUGAUUGGUUGACUAUAGGACCGUCUCAAAACUAUGAUGGCGCCAAGGCAUGUGGCUCUACAAUUCCAGCACCUUACACCUCCUUGCAAGACCAUGUGUGGGUCAAGUUCCAUUCAGACGAGCAUGUUUCCAGAAAGGGCUUUCUCUUGUCCUAUUUGGCCGGAAAGAAGAAAUGCGAGAGUGACCAAUUCCGUUGCAACAACGGAAAAUGCAUCCCGGAAAUGUUCAUGUGUAAUCGCAUGGAUGAUUGCGGAGACGGAUCUGAUGAAAAGAUUUGUGCCAAAGCCAAACGGCCCACGUUGUCUUCCUUCCAGCCUUGCACAGUUAGCCAAUUUCAGUGUCUUUCACGCUUCACUAAGGCCUACACAUGUCUACCGAACUCCUUAAAGUGUGAUGGGAACAUCGACUGCUUGGAUUUGGGGGACGAGUUAGAUUGUGACGUCCCUACCUGUGGGCAGUCGUUGAAAUAUUUCUAUGGCGCGUUCAGCUCCCCGAACUAUCCGGACUUCUAUCCACCUGGCAGUAAUUGUACAUGGCUCAUAGAUACCGGUGAUCGCCGCAAGGUUAUUUUGCGCUUUACCGAUUUCAAAUUAGAUGGUACCGGUUACGGGGAUUAUGUCAAAAUAUAUGAUGGAUUGGAAGAAAAUCCACGUCAUCUUUUGCGAGUCCUGACUGCUUUUGAUUCUCACGUGCCACUCACCGUAGUUUCUUCCUCUGGGCAAAUCCGAGUCCAUUUUUGUGCAGAUAAAGUAAAUGCAGCCAGAGGGUUUAAUGCGACGUACCAGGUGGACGGCUUCUGCUUGCCUUGGGAGAUCCCUUGUGGCGGCAACUGGGGCUGUUACACUGAACAGCAGCGAUGUGAUGGCUACUGGCAUUGUCCAAACGGCAGGGAUGAGUUGAACUGCACCAUGUGCCAAAAAGAUGAGUUUCCGUGCUCUAGAAAUGGAGUCUGUUACCCACGUUCAGACCGUUGCAACUACCAGAAUCAUUGCCCGAAUGGCUCAGACGAGAAGAACUGCUACUUCUGCCAGCCGGGAAACUUCCACUGUAAAAAUAACCGCUGUGUCUUUGAAAGCUGGGUCUGUGAUUCUCAGGAUGACUGCGGGGAUGGCAGCGACGAGGAGAAUUGCCCCGUGAUCGUCCCUACAAGAGUCAUCACUGCUGCUGUCAUUGGGAGUCUCAUCUGCGGCCUUCUCCUCGUCAUUGCAUUAGGGUGCACGUGCAAACUGUACUCUCUGCGCAUGUUUGAACGCAGAUCUUUCGAAACACAACUCUCAAGAGUCGAAGCUGAUUUACUUAGGAGGGAGGCUCCCCCUUCUUACGGACAGUUGAUUGCACAAGGCUUAAUUCCGCCAGUUGAAGACUUUCCAGCGUGUUCCACGAACCAGGCCUCGGUGUUGGAAAAUCUGAGACUUGCCGUCCGAUCCCAGCUUGGAUUCACAUCUAUUAGACUGCCAAUAGCCGGCAGGUCCAGCAACAUUUGGAACAGAAUUUUCAAUUUUGUGCGCUCUCGCAAUUCCAGCUCCUUAGCAUUGGUCUCCACCGACGUAGACAGCGCUGCGAGCCAGAGCACGGGCAGAGAAGGGGAACGCAGUAACUCCCAUCGAGGACUCUUCUCAGUAGAGGCUGGUACCGAUGCAGAAAAUGAAAGGAGAGAUACACAAGGAGCAGUCGGGGGAGUUGUUGCCCCUUUACCCCGAAAAACUCCUCCUGCUGCUGCUGUAGAAGCCAUGGUAAAUACGAAUGGAGGGAGUUCUACUCAGACUUCCAACAACACAAUAGAUAAUGCGAGAGACGCUCCUUCCUCAGAACCUUCUGUUGUCAGUCCGGCACGUCAGCAGCUUAGUAGCGCCCUCAGCAGAAUGACUCAAGGAUUGCGCUGGGUACGAAUUACUCUUGGGAGGUCGAGCGCUGCGAGCCAGAACCAAAGUCCUCUAAGGCAGCUCGACGGCAGUGGAAAUGGGAGAGACGAGGAUGAUGAUGUAGAAAUGCUGAUCCCAGCGGUAGACAUUGAUCUCAAUGACUGUAGCAGACCUCUACUUGAUAUUGCAUGUGAGCAGGGGCCAGGGAAUUGCCAGGCACACAGUGCAACGCAUCAAGGAAUUAGGCCAUGCGACGGGCCCUGCGAGUGCUGCGGAAUAGUACACACAGCUCAGAUCCCCGACACCUGUAUGGAAGCGGUGCUAAAAAACGAGACUAGCGACGACGAGGCGAUGUUACUCUGUUAGAGACAAAUAGACUGUUUGGAGCAAUAUCUAGUCACUGUUUUAUAUUUCACAGACUCACAAUCAUUCCCUGGAAAUGUUCAAGGGAUCGACGUCACUGAAGGCUUAAAGCCACAUGGGGUACCUUGGGUUUAUUACAGUGUCUGCUAUAAACCCAAAA